UCCGCCGGUUUUUUAAAUGGAAUGUUUUGUUGUGUGUUUACAUGAUUUUAAGAAAAGCGUUUUGGUUAGUUUAAGUCGAAAGUUUGGUUUUAUUUUUUACUAUGUGAUAUAAAAAUUGUACAAAAUAGUAUGCCUGCAAUAAGGCCACAUUCCGAGUACAAGAAAAAAUUCCGCUGGCAUGAUUCUGUCAAAUCUGCAUCAUUCAGCCCAACCAAGCAGCAGUCAGCCGUCACAGCAGGACUAUCAUCCUUUGAUGCUGCAAAAACGUAUUCGAAUAUCAGGGAACCAGCUUUACAGCAUAAGAAACAGACAAUCAAUGCCCCAAGGCUGACAAACAUCACAAGCCAGGACUUCGGCAACAUCUCACCAGAAGAAUAUAAUGAUUCUGUUAAAGACCAUCCAGUGCCACUGAAACCAUCAUUGCGACAAACCUCUAAAGGUGAUGAACCUAGAAAAUUUACCAAUGGGGCUUCUACUAGUGUCCUUUCAAAAACCAGCAAGAAAGAUAAAGAAAACGAUGUGAAUCCAAAUAAUAUAGACAAUGUUCCCAAACCAACACAUAAAGAGAGAGACGUUGUCAAUAGCAACUCAGGAGCAAGUAAAUCCCCUAAGAAGGAUAAGAAUGAGGUAAAUCGAGCAAUGCAGUACCAGGCUGGAAUAAGAGCCCCUAAAUUUGGAGGACCUAAAUUUAGCUCCGAGUACCAACGACAAUUUGCCUGGAAGAAGCCAGUAAUUAAGGAGUCCCCAUUGAUUGCUGCUGAACAAAUGGUAUAUAAUUCACAGGCCAAUAUUGCUCCAUAUGUUCCUGAUAAAAUCCAAAGGAGCAGUGAAUACCAGACCCAGUUUAAACCUUGGCAACUGAAGACACAUCAUACUAACACAGAAAAACUUAAAAGGCUAGCUGAGAAUGAGAUAAAAGCCAAGUACAGACUUAAAACUAAAAAGAAAAAGAAGAAACGUCUCUCACCAGAUAAAAUGGCAGCUGCAGGAGUGCCGUCAACUAUCGUUCAUGAAGAUCCAAGUUUACUGAAAAAAGUGCAGAAUCCGCAAGUCCCUUUCUUUCCCCAUGCUAGUUUCAAGAAAUGGAAGUCUGAAUACCGCUCAAACUUCAAGGCACCAGACAAAUUCAACUACGAAAGUGGUGUCUGGAAGGGUGCCGAUCCACCUCAGAUACAACCGCGAGACGAUACUUCCGCAAGAGAAAAGAUCACGAAAAAUGACAAGGCCAGUCAGCCUGUUGUCGACAACAAUGUCCCAAAUUGGUUUGAUGAGGUGUCAGAGCUGAGGAAUCGAGCGAAAGAGUACAAGAAAAGGGCAAGGGGAACUCACUUCUCCCGGGAACACCUUGCCCAGCUGUUGGCAGAACAAGCUAAAUUGUGGGACCAGACAGAUAAUGGAAAUGAUGGUCAUCAGGAAAACAUUGGUACUAAUGAACAGGCAAUGGCUCCAGCAGGCAAACCUAGCAAUAAAGAUGAUGUGAUUCUACACGUGCCUACCAGCAAAGGAGAUGCUGAUAAUCAGUCACCAGUGAGACGGAAGCUAGCCUGGAAUGAGAAGAAUGACCAAAAUUCUAACAACAAUGAAAACAAUUCAAGCAUUGGCAGUAUUCCAACUCCAACUGGAUUAAGAGAUUCUGCGUCUUCAAGUAGUAUUGUAGAUAUCAUCGAUGAAAAUGGAAGAGUUACUACACCAGACUUACCAGAAAAGGGUAUCAAGCAAAGGCAUCACUUUGACAGGACCACACCAAGCACUGGAGGAGCUUUAUUAACAUCCCCACAACCAACUAGAAGGGAUGUCAUCUCUUCCCCGGUUCAUAAGGACCCACUCAGCAAUCAACCAAUCUACAAACCUAGUAAUCGUACAUAUGCUAUUGAUAAGUCACCUUCAAGAUAUGCAAAAGGAAGUGGAAGGCCAGGUCUUACAUAUGUGAAAGGUCACAACCAGGAUCAUGGUAGUGGGGAUGAAUCUGAUGAUGAUGACAUCACUCCUGUGAAAAUGACUGAAUUCCAAUCAAAGACAGCAAAGGUUCCAAAACCACUGGCAGCAUCUCCCACCGCAGGAGUGAGAUCCAGAGACCCAGACCCACUGAAUGAUGAUUUGUCAGAACAUUCCUUCAACAGACAUUCCAACAAUUACUUUGAAACCAGUGCAAGGAUGAAGCACAUACAAGGUACCAGAGCUCCUCCAAGCACAUGGGCAGCACCUCGGCAACAUAAAGACCAGCCUCGUCCUUCAACCACUGAAGGUCCCUUGGAUCAACCAAAUACUGGCAGUAUACAGGGUCGGCCACUGACAGCAAUGCCAAAGUCACGGAAGCAGGCUCGGGCAGAGGACUUUCCGUCAGAUGAUGCGUCGUCAGUGUCUUCAGCACGGCAGGCUCGGGGAAAGCUUGCAGCCAAAUCCAACAAGACAUCUGUACCAAGGCCUGAGGCUCCGCGUGCAUGGAGUAUACCAACAAACGAAGAUAUACAUCCAUCAUUGGGUGUGUCGAAGUUAGACGACAGUCCAGCCAGCGACCAAAUGUCGAUGUCGGAUAUAUCAAGCGUUUCGAGUUGUUCACUGGCAUCAGACAUUCUUGACCGAGCCCGGAAGAGAAGGGACAAAUUUUGGGGAAAGUAAUUUUAUACGGGUUAAUUCAAUAGCACAUUUCCGAGAGUUUUAAAAAAACUUUUUACUAGAACAUUUGACAAAGACAAUUAUAAUAUUUUUCAGCAUAAAAACUGUUUCCUAUAAUUAUGCAAAAAAAAAAUGUUUCAGUACAGUACUUUCCCUAUUUUUAAAAAUGUAUGUAAAUAUUUUUUCAAAUGUCCUUGUACUGUACAUCUUAAAGGUUGAUAUUACCAUUUUUUAUGAUAGCAGUGUGUAAUGUAGUGAAGUACAUAUAGCAUAGUCCAAUAACACUUUCAACAUUUAAAUACUUUUACCUUCCUUUUUAAAAUGAAAUAAUCAUACUUGUUAAAUGUAUCAGGUAUUUUUAACAUUCUCAUUACCAAAUGUUUUUAAUAAAUUGUUUUUACAUGUACAGUACUGUUAAAUGGGUAAAGUAUAUUUUGAAAGAAUGAACAGUAUUUUUUGCUAGGUAAAUGCUGUUUUGAGAUGGGAAUGUUUUAUAUUUAUUCGGUGUAUGCUGGUACUGGACAGUAAAAUUGAACAAUUGUAAUGUGUUACCUGCGACACAAAUUAUUCAGUUGUAAAAAUCGAAAUAAAACCACUGAAAACACUU